GCUCGCGCCGGGGGGGGGAGGGGCGGGGGUCAGCGGGGGCAGCGCCGGUACCGGAGCGUCCCGCCGGGCCCCGCCCCCUAGCGCGCGCGAACAAAGGCGGGAGCCGCCCCGACACCCCCUCGGUACCGGCGCCUCCCGGAGCCCCCCCCGAGACCCCCCGGACCCGGCUCCGCCGUGGCCAGAGCUGAGGCCGGUGCCGGUGCCAUGGGGAACUCGGUGACCCGGCCUGGCUGCCUGGGCCAGAGGAGCCGGCGCUCAGCGGAGCCGCAGCUCCGGGACAUGGCCCUGGACGCGGUACAGAAUGGCUGGAGCGCAGUGCCCGGUGCCUCUGGGAGCCUGAAGCGCAGCCCAGCGCCGGUGCCAGUGCAGAAUGGCAGCACCGCAUGUGUCCCAGUGCUGGGCGCAGCCUGGACACCCCCACCACACUGUGGCACAUGGGGCUGGGCCCCCGGCACCCGGCGAGAGGUGACAGAGGUGACGGAGGUGACUGAGACCAUUGUCACUGAGAUUGUGGAGGUGACGCAGUACCCGGGUGCCGAGGUCCCGCUCACCGGCACCGGCACCGCGCCGGCAGAACACCGCGGGGAUACAGACGCCGCAGAGGCGGUGCCGAUGCUGGAGGAGGCAGCGUUGGUGGCGCUGGUGGCAGUGGAGCGGGUGCAGGACACGCCGGAGGCGCUGCUGGCCUGGGUGGCUGACAUGGAGGAGCUGGUGGGCAACCAGAGGCCGCCGUCGGCUGAGGCGAAGGUGGCGAAGGCACAGCUAGAGGAGCAGAAGCUGCUGCAGCGGCUGCUGGAGGAGCGGCGGCCGCGCAUGGAGCUGGUGCUGCAGGAUGGAGCCGGCACCCCGGCGCGUGACACCGGCACCAGCAGCCUCAGCGAGAGGUGGGAGCGGCUGGUGCAGGAGGCAGGAGCCAGGUCUGGCCACCUGGAGCGGAUCCUGCCGGCAGCGCUGCACUUCCAGGAGGUCGCCGAUUCCUUCCAGGAGUGGCUAGGAGCUGCAGAGCGGCGGCUGGCACAGCUCUGGCAUGCCGAUGGCUGCGGCAACGUGCAGGACACCUAUCGGCAAAGCCAGGAGCUGUGCCAGGAGGUUGGUGCACGGCUGGGGGAGCUGGACAGUGCUUUGGCGAGCGGGCAGCAGGUCCUGGCCAUGGUCACAGGGGAGGAGGCGCAGCUGGUGCAGGAGAAGCUGGAGUCGCUGCAGACACGGUACCUCACUGUGUGCCGGAGCAGCGCUGACGCUGCGCAGCGCCUGGGGCAGACGCUGGAGGCCUCGUCCCGCCUGGAUGCGGCACAGGAUGACCUGGUGCUAUGGCUGAGCCGCAUGGAGCAGGAGCCAGGCUGCGGUGAUGGUGCUGAGCAGGGAGAGAAGCUGGAGCAGCUCCUGGAGGCGCAGCUGGGCUGCAUGGCUGCUCUUGCCGCGCGCAUAGAGCAGCCGGGGCCGGUGCCACUGGACGCCGCGGUGCUGCGCACACAGCUUGAGGAGCAGAAGCUGCUGACAGCCGAGGUCCUGCACCGCCGUGCGCUGGUGGAGCGGCUGCUGCGCGUCACCGACCCACUGCUGUGCCGUGUCCCUGACCCACUGCAACUGCGCCUGCAGCCGUCGGCUCAGGCACUGCAGGAGCACAUGGAGCAGCUCUGGCAGCACUGCGGGGCCCACGGCGAGCGGCUGGAGCAGGCUCAGGUGCUGCUGGCGCAGUUCAUGGAGGCGCAGGAGGAGCUGCAGCCCUGGCUGCAGGAGGCGCAGGCGGCUGCGCUGCAGCUCAUGCCUGGCGCCAUCGACUGCGAUGGCUUCAAGGAGCAGCAGCAGCUGCUGCAGAGCCUGCGGGAGGCACUGGCUGAGCACCGGCCAUUGCUGGGGAAGCUGCAGCGUGUCGCAGCGCAGCUGCAGGAGCUGAGCCCGGAGCAGGCGGCGCCAUUCCGGCAGCGCUGCAGCGAGGCCGAGGAGCAUUACAACUGUAUCCGGCAGUGCCUGCGCCAGGCUGCUGCGCUGCUGGAGGAUGCACUGCCGCGGUACAGCCAGCUGUCGGAGCGCAUGGAUGUGCUGCGGGAGUGCCUGGAGCGGCUGCAACGGCGCCUGCAGAGCCAGCCCGGCGCACGUGGGGAUGCGGCACAGCUGCGGGAGCAGCUCCAGGACAACGCACUGGCACUGGCAGAGCUGGAGCAGCUCGGGGCUACCCUGGCCGCGGUCCAGGCGCAGGGCGAGGAACUGCUGGGCAGCAUGCGGGAGGCCGGCUGUGGCACCGCAGCUGCAGGGCUGCAGGAGCGGCCAGCACAGCUGCAGGCGCAGUGGGGGUCCCUGCAGCGCCGGUGCCAGGAGCGGGAGCAGUGGCUGCGGGAUGUGCUGCCACUGGCAGAGCGGUUCUGGCAGGGCCUGGCUGAGCUGGCGCUGGCGCUGAGCGACACCCAGCAUGUGCUGCUGGCCCUGGAGGAUGCCGGUGGUGACACCGAGGACAUCCCCGAGCCUGAGGCCAUCCGCGCCCGGCUGCGGUCCAUGCAGGCGCUGCGAGAGGAGCUGGACACACUGCAGGUGGAGCUGGACGCGCUCGGCAGUGUUGGCGUGGAGCUGGCGGCCGCCUGCGGGGACCCCGGCAAACCCGAUGUCACCCGGAGCAUGGACGACCUCUACCGCUCGUGGCACAGCCUGAGCCAGGCCUGGGCCCGGCGCUUCGGCCGCCUCGAGGAGCAGCUCCAGGCUGCUGUCACCCACCAGGACACCGAACAGCGUGUCUGCGGGUGGCUGGAUGCGGCUGAGCUGCGCCUGGCCGAGGAGUUCCUGGUCGGGGGGGACCUGCCGGUGCUGCAGCAGCAGCUGGCAGAACUCAAGGAGUUCAAGCGGGAGCUCUACCAGUGCCGGGUGGACGUGGAGACCCUGCGGCAGCACCAGCACCAGCCCAGCACGGGGAGCACGGCCCAGGGGGACCUGGCUCAGGGGGACACAGCCCAGGGGGAUCCCCCGGCCCCGCUCCAUGACUUCCGCCAGCGCUGGGACCAUCUGGAGGAGGAGAUUGUCAGCCGGCAGCAUGAGCUGGAGGCGGCGCUGCUGGGGCUGGGGCAGUUCCAGCACCAGCUGCAGGAGCUGCUGCAGUGGCUGACGCACACGGCCGAGACACUGCAGGGCCCCACGGUGCUGCGCCCUGACCUGCAGAGCUGUGAGAUCGAGCUGGCCAAGCACACGGUGCUGCGGAACGAUGUGCUAUGCCAUGCGCGCACAGUGCAGGCAGUGAAUGAGGUGGCGCAGGGGCUGCUGCUCUGCAGCCUGGGGCACAGCGAGGAGGGGCUGCAGCAGAGCCUGCACCAGCUCAACCAGCGCUGGGACCUGGUGCGCAGCGAGACCGAGACCCGGCAGCUGCAGCUGGAGAACAACCUCAGCCAGGUCCAGGACAUCACGCUGGAGAUCACAGAGCUGCUGCAGUGGCUGGAGCAGGUGGAGCUGCAGCUCUUCUUCUCAAAGCCGGCAUGGGGCCACCCGGACACCACCAAAGAGAUGCUCACGGUGCAUCUGGAGCUGUGCAGGGAGCUGGAUUCCAAGCAGGACACGUACUGCAGCCUGCGGGAGCGGCUGCAGCGGCUGCUGGGCCCCAGCGGCACGGGGCAGCCCUGCAGCACGGAGCAUGGGCUGCGCCUGCUCCAGCACAAGUGGGAGAGUGUCCGCGCCGAGGCGCAGGAGCGGAAGGAGAGCCUGGCCGAGGGGGUGACCGUCAGCACCGAGUUCUACGGCACCGUGCAGGAGCUGCUGCGCUGGGUGGCCCAUGCAGAGGAGCAGCUUGGGGCCCCCGCGCCGCCCAGCUUUGUCCUGGACACCGUCACCGUGCAGCUUCAGGAGCACAAGGCGCUGGUGAAGGAGGCGAGUGCCCAUGGGGAGAAGCUGGCUGCGUUAGAGGCUGUGGCUGCUCGCUUGAGGGACUUCAGCAGGAAGCAGGACGGGGCCGUGAUCCAGAACAUGGUGCUGUCGGCCAGGGAGCGGCUGGGGAAGGUGCUGCAGCGGCUGGCGGAGCGCGGCGCCACGCUGGAGGAGGCUCGAAAGCGCAGCAAGCAGUUCAGUGAGUCCCGUCAGCUGCUCCUGGACUGGAUGGACGAGGCCGAGCAGAGCCUGGAGGUGCCUCCGGACACCACCACGAGCCAGGAGGAGCUCAAGUCCCAGCUGGCUGAGCACAAGGCAUUCCAGAAGGUUCUGCGCUCCAAGCGGCCGGUGCUGGAGGCCACGCUGCGCAGCGGGCGGGUGCUGCGGGAAGGGGCCCGGCUGGACCAGGACCUGCAGCCUCUGGAGGAGCUGCUGCGGGACCUGAAGGAGCAUUGGGAUGCCCUGUGCAGCCGCACUGCUGAGAGGCAGCACUGGCUGGAGGAGAAGCUGCUGCUGUCAGGGAAGUUCUCGGAGGCACUGCAGGCACUCCUGGACUGGCUGUACCGCGCUGAGCCACAGCUCAGUGAGGACGCGCCUGUUGGCGGCGACCGCGACCUGGUCAGCGAUCUGAUGGACAAGCACAAGGUUUUCCAGAAGGAGCUGGGCAAACGCGCUGGCUGUGUGCGGGCGCUGAUGCGCUCAGUGCGGGACCCUGCGCGCGGCAACUCGCCAUGGCUGCAGCGGCAGCUGGAGGAGCUGAGCACACGCUGGGACCUGGUCUGCCGCCUCUCCCUGGGCAGGCAGGCACGGCUGGAGGCAGCGCUGCGCCAGGCCGAGGAGUUCCACAGCCUGGUGCAGUCAUUCCUGCGCCGCCUCGGUGAGUCGGAGCAGAGCCUCAAGUACGGCGCCAUCCCUGAGGAGGAGGCGGCCGUGCAGCAGUGCCGCGACCUGCUGCAGGAGCUGCUGCAGUCGCUGCAGUGCCAGCAGCUGGAGCUGGAGUGCAUCACCUCGCUGGGGGAGGAGAUCCUGUCCUCCUGCCACCCUGACUCCGUCAUCACCAUCAAGUCCUGGGUCACCGUCACCAAGAGCCGCUUCCAGGAGGUGCAGCGCUGGGCACAGCAGCAGGGCGAGCGGCUGCAGGCGCAGGCGUCGCGGCUGGCAGCCGAGCGGGAGGACACAGCGCAGCUCCUGGAGUGGAUGGCAGCGGCUGAGGAGGCGCUGGCACUGCGGGACAUGGAGCCGCUGCCGCAGGAGGCGGAGCCGCUGCAGGAGCUCAGUGCGCAGCAUGCAGUCUUCAUGGAGGAGCUGAACCGCAAGCAGCCCGACGUGGAGAGGGUGACCAAGAGCUGCAAGCAGAAGCUGGCUGCGGAGCUGGCCCCGCCAGUUACGCGCCGGCUGGCCACACGGCGCCGCAGUGCGGGGAAGGCGCCAGUGGAGCUGCCCGGGGUGCGGGAGCCCCAGAGCCCACUCACGGCACAGGUCCUGCAGCGCUGGCAGCAGCUCUGGCUCCUGGCGCUGGACCGGCAGUACCGGAUCGAGACAGCCCUGCAGCGCCUGCGGGAGCUGGAGGAAUUUGCUCACUUUGACUUUGGGGUCUGGCGCAAGCGCUACAUGCACUGGAUUGGGCAGAUGAAGUCCCGUGUCCUUGACGUCUUCCGAGGCAUCGACAGGGACCAGGACGGGCGCAUCAGCCAGCGGGAGUUCAUCGAGAGUGUCCUCUCCUCCAAGUUCCCCACCAAUGUUCUGGAGAUGAACGCUGUCGCCAGCAUCUUUGACAUGAACGGAGACGGCUUCAUUGACUACUGCGAGUUUGUCAGCGCCCUGCACCCCAACCGGGACCCGCUGCGCCGUGGCGCUGACGCUGACCAGAUCCAGGAUGAGGUGAACCGGCAAGUGGCCCAGUGCAACUGUGCCAAGCGGUUCCAGGUGGAACAGAUCAGUGCCAACAGGUACCGGUUCGGGGAGUCCCAGCAGCUGCGGAUGGUGCGCAUCCUGCGCAGCACCCUCAUGGUGAGGGUCGGUGGCGGCUGGAUCGCGCUCGACGAGUUCUUGGUGAAGAAUGACCCCUGCAGAGUGAAGGGAAGGACCAACCUAAAGAUCAAUGAGAAGUACCUGAGCGCGGAGGCCUUCGGGGCGGGCGCGGGCAGUGCAUCGUCGCCCUCAUCCAAAGCGCUGUCCCCCACCCGCUCCAGCUCCAGCCUCAGCCUCUACAGCAGCGCCUCGGCCCCCUGCAGCCCCCUGGCCAGGAAGUCGGUGCAGCGCAGGACGCGCUCCGGUGACCGGUGCCCCCGUGCCCGUGGCUCCCUCCUGCCUGACGCGGCCGAGCUGCAGCUCCCCGCGGCUGAGCAGAGCCUGGCUGCAGCACCUGCAGAGCCACUCGAGGAGUCCCCCCCGCAGCGCUGCAGCCCCUGCCGCUGAUCCCCCACACCAGCACCCUUGGCCGGCCCCACUCAGGACCCUCCUGUCCGCCGGAGGAUGGCGGAGCUGCAGCCAUGUGCCCGCAGGUCUGACCCACACCGCUGCUACAGCGUGUGUGCAACCCCCUGCCCCACAGCAACCCCCUGCCCCACAGCAACUCCCCGGUCUGGCUGCUGCAGCCCCUGCCCCACUGCAGCCCUGGUGCUGCACUCCAAGCACCCGCUGCAGCCGCAGACACCAGUCUGGAGCAGCCCAGACACCAGUGUGAUGGGCUCUACCCCUUGGGGUGGCUGCUGGUGCCAUUGCUGCUGGGUUGGGGGGUCCCCCGGUGCCAUCGGUGCUGGGUUGGGGGGUCCUCCCAUCCUGCUGCCCGCACCCCAGUGGACCAUGGCUGGGCUUGGUGCCGGGCUCGGUGCCUUCACUGGUGGCACAGCCCUGGUUCUGGUGCUACCCCCGCCCCCGCUGGUGCCACCCCCGCCGGUGCCACCCCCGCCCCCCCUGGUGCCUGUGCUGAGGCCGUGACUGCAGCCACCCUGAUCCUGGUGGGACUGGGGCUGCCUGGGGGGGUUCUGCACCGCACUGCACCCCUCAGCGCAGGCCCCGGCUCCGCUGCCGCAUGCUGCCACCACCCCCUAACCGGAGAGCAGUAGAGCUGAAUGUAACCCCGGCCAGGCCCGGCCCACCGGCACCAAUAAACAGUAGAUGGUUUUCUAUGA